UGAACGGGAGAAUCUCUGGAGCUGCAGCCGUCGUGAAGCUCGUCUCUGCACCGGAGGACGUCCCGAUCUGUCCCGAUCCGUCCCGAUCUGUACCGGACCCGAUCUACACCCGGACCCACAACAUGGCACGAAUAUAAACCCGCAGCACCUUCCAGCAGCGAGGAGCGGAUCGGCUCAUCCUCCCCGGGGCCGAGGUUUGACCACUCCACUGUGACUUCAGGCUUUCGGAACGAGUCGUUAUAGGAGGCCAACCUCCUCAAACAAUAUCUGUUGGCAAUAAGAGAAAUAUUAAGAGCAAUCAUGAGCACUCACGAGUCGGACGUGCACACCAUCUCUCCGGAGCUGCCGGCCAUGUUUGACGGCAUGAAGCUGGCGGCGGUUGCCACGGUGCUCUACGUCGUCGUCCGCUGCUUGAACCUCAAAAGCCCGACCGCACCCCCGGACCUCACCUACCAGGACACGCCCCUCAACCGCUUCCUUCUGAAGUCCUGUUCUCAGCUGACCAAAGAGUACAUUCCUCCCUUAUUAUGGGGAAAGAGUGGCCACCUCCAGACAGCACUUUAUGGUAAACUUGGUCGGGUGAGCUCCCCGAACCCCUGUGGAAUCAGGAAGUACUUACCGAUGCAGGAUGGGGCCACGGCGACCUUUGACCUCUUUGAGCCACUGGGGGACCAUCGAACAGGAGAUGACAUCACCAUGGUGAUAUGCCCGGGUAUCGGCAACCACAGUGAGAAGCAUUACAUCCGAACGUUUGUGGAUCACGCCCAGAAGGACGGUUACCGCUGUGCUGUGCUGAACCACCUGGGAGCUCUUCCCAACAUCGAGCUCACCUCCCCACGAAUGUUCACUUACGGGUGCACAUGGGAGUUUGCAGCCAUGGUCGGUUACAUCAAGCGGACGUAUCCUCAGACGCAGCUGAUAAUGGUCGGCUUCAGUCUGGGAGGGAACAUUGUGUGUAAGUUCCUGGGCGAGAACAGGAUGAACCAGGAGCGCGUGCUGUGUUGCGUCAGCGUGUCUCAGGGGUACAGUGCUCUCAGGGCCCAGGAAACAUUCCUCCAGUGGGAUCAGUUCAGGCGCUUCUAUAACUUCCUCAUGGCCGACAACAUGAAGAAAAUCAUUCUCUCCCACAGACACAGUCUGUUUGGAGGAAACUCAGUUAAAGUGAUAGAUGCAGAUCUUAGUCGGCUGUACACAGCGACUUCCCUCAUGCAGAUCGACGACAACAUCAUGAGGAAAUUCCACGGCCACAGCUCUCUCAAGGAGUAUUACGAGAAGGAGAGUUGUGUUCAUUAUAUUCACAAUGUAAAUGUGCCACUACUUUUAGUGAACUCUGCAGAUGAUCCCCUGGUCCAUGAAUCACUGCUCACCAUCCCUCGCACACUAGCAGCGAAGAAGUCCAACGUGAUCUUUGCCCUGACGCUGCACGGAGGCCACCUGGGCUUCUUCGAGGGCGCGGUGCUGUUCCCCCAGCCGCUCACCUGGAUGGACAAAGUCAUCGUGGGAUACGCCAACUCCAUGUGCCAGUGGGAGAAACAGAAACCGCCGUGCCAAAGCGGCCCGCUGACUGAGAGCUCCUGCGCAGAGGAAAAAGCCUAAAACCUCCGGCCUGUACGUCUCUCACCCUCUCUCUCUCUCUCUGUCCCCUCUCACCCCCCCAUCCCUCACCCCCUCCAGCACCACUGUCCCAGCACUGAGGAGACACCUGAACUGAACGUUAAACUGCUCUCUCUUCUCUGCCUUCUCCUCCGGGUGCUACUCACUGCUACUGACCCACACAUGUCAAGCCUUCACCACAAUCCCCCCCUCCCCACUUCUAGUCACCAUCACCUUACAGUAUGUGAAGGAACAGAAACAAUUAACUGCCUUUGUGCUCGUUUUCGUUGCGAGACCUUUUGACUUUUUUCGUUUGUUUACACGCUGCACACGGCAAUGAUCCUUGGCGAGCGGAGGCGUCGACCAAAUAGCCGCUGGCAUUAGAAGGAACACGAGAACAACCCUUUGAGUUGUCCAGGGAAAAACAAGAGCACACGAGAAGCCUCCUUUUUAAAACCUAAAUCAAGACUGUGCUGCAGAAGGUGUCCGUUUCCUGCACCUUUCUAAGAAGCUCUCUGCUAAUCACCGCCAAGGCCGUAUAGCCUAGUCCGCUGUCUUAACCAACACAGCGUCUUUCUAGUAUGUGUGUGACCCACAGAUGUAGUUUAUAUAUCUGUGCGUGCCUGUGCAGACCGAGAGUGGAAGACAGAGCAUGUGAUCCUUGUGUUUUUGGUUGGUUCAAAUUCUCCGUUUUCUGUUCUUCUGGGUGAACUGUUGCUCCAUGGUUUGUAGGAAAUGUUCAGUAGAGAAGUGUGACAGUGGGAUUUUACACUUUACUUCCAGUUCACAUCCUCCUGGCACCAGACAUGACCAGGGAUCAGCCCUAGAUGGGACUCAUACACAUUCCCUCGGUCGCAUUCUAUCGUUUUGAUUCAGUGCACUUUAAACCCUGUAUGACACAAUCUUUUCUUUCCCGUUUCUUUCCGUUUUUUUUUAAACUCUUUAUAGGUUUCAUAGGUUUGAGAAGAGGAACUGGUAGGAGCGAGGAUGAUAACAAGAAGUUAGAUGACUCAAAUGUUCCCUGUGUUCUCUUCCGUCGGCGUCUUUGAGCCCUCUUACUUUUCCGUCUGCCUAUGAUCAGCUCCAGGAUCCUGCAGAAACUCUGAAACCUUUUUCUUACUGCACAGACGAAAACCUGCUGCCCCUGCACACAGAGGCUAGUACCCGACCCUGUACCUCGUUUCAUACAAACAUCUUAGUACAAGUGAGCCUGUGGUUUUUGAAAGUUUGAAAAUGCUGUCUACCUAUUAGUCCUUUUGUUGCUAUUGAUGGGAGAGCUCAGCAGAAUGAAGCAGAUAUUAAGAUUUUUAUAAUCUGAGCUGUGAGGUGUGAUGAGUAGGAGGGGCUGAGGAUGCCAAGCGAAACCAAAUAGUAUGAUUUAGAUGAAGAAACCUGAAUCCAAGAAAGAACCGACAGAUUCUACAGUUUUACCGACUUUAAGCUUUUCCUAUUUUCUUGGCUGAGCGUUAAAGCCACAGCGACACAGCAGCGUGGACCGCUGCAAUUCACACUAAACACUCAUCACAAAUCUGUUUCGAUCACAUCUGGAUGAGACCUGUGGACUUUUCAGAACCUGAACCUGACUGAGAGCUUCUCAAACCUUGUAAGGGCCCCAGGAAGUCCAGCCAACAAAGGAACCUGCAGGGAUUGACAACCGUGCAUCUGAGACCUUUUCAGACCAAAGAUUAUUUUUUAAUACGAUCUGCCAUGUUGUGGUGUUUAUUCCAGUUUGAGGGAACUUUGGCAAAUCAAGGCAAUUCCUGUAGCUGCACUCUGUCAAUCAUAGAGGAGUGCAGAAAAUCAAUCAAAUGACGAGAAAAUAACAACUGAAUAUGAAUUAUGCCGAGCAUCAGAGCUCAUUAUUGGAAGCUUACUUUUGUCAAAGGAAUAGAAAUAGUGCUGUAGUGGUAAAUAUCGUCAUGACUGAAAUGGCUUAAACUUUUCUGACUUUCACAGAGUUUUUUUCUGUGAUAAUAUUCAGACAUUUAUGUUAGUGAUGAAAAUAUUGAACUGUGGAUUCACUGAUCCACUCAGAAUUUCGACCUGAUCUUAUUUUAUCCACAUUUAGAAUCUGUACACCAUCCCUGGGUGGUACUGUAAUGUUAGAAUGACACCAGGGAUUGCUUUGGUCAGGACUGAAUUCACGACACUGAAAGUGAAGACACUGAGUUGUGUAAUAACAGACUUUAUUUAACUUUAUUUAUUAUGGACGAUGAGUGACAUCACAGCCGAGAGUGUGUCAGUGACUAUCUGAGCCGUCGGCAGUUUUUUUCUUUCAUCGUCCAAACCACAGAUCGCUGUUGCCCUCGGUUGUCGGGGAGACCGAACUACAACUGCCAGUCAUUAAUGGCGCACAUCCUCUCAUUCCCCCUCAGUGAGGUUAUUCUGGUCACGGUCCACAGCUCUCAUUUCAACAACUUCAAACAGUAAUGUGGGGGUUUUCUGUCCUGGCCACACCAGGCACAAACUCUGUUAUCUGUGUUCUUUCUAAGUUUCUCCCCACCACCCAAUUUUUUGCACAGUAAUACAGGUUUCGAUGUUUUAUUUGGAUGUAUUAUUUUUUGCUAGUUGAUCAUUUUGUGUAUUUCUUUGUUUUGUAUUUUGUAUUGUUAUUAUGGCAUUUUGUGUUAUGCACAUGCAUCAGAGUGGGAGUGCUGAUGGGUGAAUUUGCAGUAAGUGUAUACUGUGUCAUGUCACCACCUCUGAUUUGACAAAAACCAAAACUUCUUCACUUUAAAAAAAGGAAAAAAAGAAAAAUAUAAAGAUAGAAUAUAUAGAAUUAUUUGAGGGACCACGGAUGACAACUAAAGGCAAUAACCAACCGGGACCGAUUCUCUUUUCUUAUUAAUACUAAUGUGACGGGGAAAUAGUGUCAAAGUUUAUGUGACCAAAACAUGUCGCAUAGUUUUCUCAUGGAUGUGGAAUCUGACAUGUUUUUGCUGUGUUUUUAUGAACAUGUGCUCCUCUGUAUUUAUCCUAACCCCAGUGUUCAAGCAUCCUUCUCUCAACAUUGUGGGCUUGUUAGGAAGUGGAAUAUAAAACGUCUCAAGUGACUUAAUAUGUCGAUGAAUCCAAAAGUACACCUUGGAUCCGGGGGGGGACGUCGCUCAGUGUUUGUUUUUCCUCUGAAAUAAUCUUGAGCCUCAGUAAACGGACGCCAGCCCACAACACGUGAACCCACAGUUAUCUUAUACAGCUUUAAUUUAGUGUUGACAUUCUGAUGCUGACGGUUAACGGAUGAGGCGACAACUAGAGGGAGCACACGUCACACAACAUAACUCUGAUAUCCAACCCUGGGUGUUUUUGUGGAAGAAAGCCAGUGGUGUGUGUGAUCUAAUUACAAGAGAAAAUAUGGUUAUUGUGUUCCAAAAUAAAUUAUUUUCUCAAAAGAAAA